CAAUCCAGUGAUAGCUCCAGCCCCUAUAUUUCCCUCGCUAAUAUGCGCUCCAGAAAUUAGGGUUCUUCGGGGAUGGAGGUGGAGGUGAGGCGCGUUGCCAGCAGCGAUGUCGGCUUCGUUGCGCUCCCGAUGCAUGUAAUUUACCUUCUCCAGCAAGGCGACGCGCAUUUCACUUCCCUCCUGGUGCUGGAAUUGAAGAUUUCGCGUCCAGCGGCAGGCGAUGGAGCCGCAUUGGUUCCCUGGUUCGUGGCUUGGAGCGGCGCCACCUCCAAUUCCAUUUUCAUCGAGGUUGCGGAGAGUCUAGCGCAAUGCCUGGGGCUACCUGAUCGAGCGAAGGUUACAGUUCGUGUUCGUAUCGAUUUGCCAGAAGCACAGACUGUUCUAGUGGAGCCAGCGACGGAGGACGAUUCGGAGAUUUUGGAGCUCCACGCUGACUACCUUGAGACUCAUAUCUUAAACGAGGUUGGAGUGCUACAGGAGGGACGCCGGUUUCCUGUGUCAGUUCCAGGACAAGGGGUACUUGUGUUGCUUGCAAAGUCCAUCACUCCAAGGUCAGUGGUAAGACUCACGCGAGGGACGGAAUUAGUUGUGUCUAUCAAGAAGCGCCAACAUAACAUCAAGCAAGGCCCGCAAUUUGGAAAAAGUAUCUGGCUGCGAAUCCAGGAUAUUGACGAGUCGCUACAUCAAGUUUGCAAUAUCGGAGGCAAAGAGCUCGCAGUUAUUCCUACCGCUGCGGUUUACAUCAAUUCAAAUACAGCGGAACGAGUCACCGUGGCAAAUGGACAGUGGGUGCUGGUGAGAGCAAGCCAGUCCUUUCCGAAUGAAGAAACGACUGAUGAGCAGAAAAAGGCAACUAGAUCGGCAGCUGUUCGUGUGAUUUAUUGGAGUGGAGCCACCGAUGGCCAUGCUGUGGUCUCAGCGCCUUUGCGGCAGUAUUUGGGUGUUCAGCUCCACGGAGGGUUGUGUCUUCAAUCCUUUCACCAAACUAAUCUGCUGCAAGCAACGAGUGUUAGCGUAACUCCGGUUAUGUUUCACUCAGAAGAAAAUCAAACAGAUGGGAAGCAGCUCAAGCAAGUGAUUUCUUCCGAGACAGUGGACGAUAAGCUUACCUUGAUUAGAGCUUGGAUAAAAGCCCAACAAAGGACGUUGCACAACGCUUUCGGCGGUAAUGAUGGUACUUCCUGGCCGGCAACAUCCUUGAUAGCGCUUUCGGAAGCGCCUGCCAACAGACAGAAAAAAGAAUCGAUUUUUUUGUUGAGCCUACAGUGCGGGGGGCAGAUGGACAACAAUAUGCUUGUACUCGACGCCCGCAUACUAGACGACGAGAAGCCUGUCUUGGAUUUACGGAUUGAGCGUCUCCAGUAUUUGUUCACGAUUAGUAAGGAGGACCGUGACGUCGAUAUGCCUUCUUUCAAAUCAGUCUGGGUUAAAGGAAGCGCUGACGAAGCUUUACAGCGACUUACCCUCCUGUUAACUCCAACUAGUCUGCAAAAGCUACGAGACAUGGAAGUUGCGGUACCUGUUGGUAUUCUUCUGUAUGGACCAGCAGCGUGUGGAAAAACUCAGCUAGCUUUGGCUCUGGCACGGGAGCUCGGUGAAAACAAACAAAUACAAGCGCAUCGGGUGAUUCUGAAAUGUGCUGAGCUUGUUGGUGAAGCAGAAAGUCCAACAAAACGCCGUCUGAAGGAAGCAGUUCUGGGAGCCAUUCAGCAUGCGCCUUCUUUGGUGGUGCUCGAUGACCUGGACGCUCUUUUCUCGAUUAAUGAAGAAGGAGGAGUUGAUAUGUCAGCCACUUCUCUCGCGGAGUACCUUUCAGAUGUGAUGGACAAUGCUCAGAGAACGGCUUCUGUCGCGUUUCUUGCAACUGCAAGUGGACCAAAAUCUCUUCCACUUUCUCUGCGCUCGUCAGGACGAUUUGAUUUUAGCGUUGAGCUAGAACCCCCUGGUAUUCGUGAGCGAGAAGGCAUUCUCGAGCAAAUUAUCGCAAGCCGAGGUUUUGAGUGUCCAAAAACUAUAACGAGUAGAGUGGCUGCCAAAUGUGAUGGAUACGAUGCAAAUGAUCUGGAAAUUAUGGUGGACAGAGCUUUGCAUGCUUCAUCUGCCCGAUAUCUCGCAAAAAAGGCGGAGACGGAAACGGGCCGCAAUUUUCACUUGACAGACAGCGACCUGAACGACGCACUUCAAGGCCUUGUUCCGGCAGCACUCAAAGGAGUUGCCAAGGCGGGGAAAACUGGACCGAUACUGGGAUGGGAUGAUGUAGGUGGCCUGCAAGAAGUUUGCCGUGUGAUUAGAGAGCUGUUGGAACUACCUGUGAGGUACCCAAAGCUUUUUGCUAGUGCACCUUUGCGGUUGCGUACUGGCGUUCUUCUAUACGGUCCUCCUGGAUGCGGAAAAACGCAUGUUGUUGCGGCAGCUGCUGCGGCGUGCUCCCUCCGUUAUAUUCCAGUGAAAGGUCCAGAGCUUCUUGACAAAUACAUUGGUGCUUCUGAAAAGGCGGUUCGUGACGUUUUCGCGAGAGCAGCUGCGGCUGCUCCUUGCAUCCUGUUCUUUGACGAGUUCGACGCUAUUGCUCCCAAGCGUGGGCACGACAAUACCGGUGUUACAGAUCGGGUUGUGAACCAGCUUCUAGCUGAGCUUGACGGGGUCUCAGCUUUAACGGGUGUUUUUACGUUCGCUGCUACCAACCGUCCUGAUCUGAUUGAUGCGGCGCUGCUUCGACCUGGGCGACUCGACCAUCUUUUGUUUUGCGAUUUUCCUUCACAGGCCGAGAGGCUUGACAUCCUACGUGUACUCUCCCGACAUCUUUCAAUGGAAGAUGACAUUGACCUGCAGUACUUAUCGCGUUUCUCAGAGGGUUUCAGUGGAGCAGAUCUGAAAGCUGUUCUCUCAGACGCAGAACUAGAAGCAGUCCAUUCGGCAAUUGAAAGGCCAAGAGAAAAACACAACCAGCGCCCUGUAAUAACGAUGGAAAUGCUCAAGUCAGCACUUGCGCGGGCCAUCCCGCUACAGGAGGCAGAAAGGAAGCGAUUCGCCAGCAUAUACAGUACAUUUACAAGCGGCAGAUCGUCAUCUAAGGAUUCCAAGGGAAAGAAAGCAACGCUGGCCUAGGAAAGAGAGAACCAGACAAGCACUCGGCUGAAUGUAAUCUAUCUUCGUGGACAGUAACAUCAGGCCUUUUGCUAGAGGCCUACUUUGGGCUUCCUGAUCAUGCGAAAGUGGCUUGUACUGACGUGCCACCUCUACGAGUUUCCUGCCAAGGUUUGUUGUGGAGAGCAAUGUCUCUUUCUCCAUUCGGGUCCACGAAGUUAUGGGACAUGCAUGCCGGCUUCUUGCUGCUGGCAUUUCCCCAGGGAAGGAAAAGCGACAUACAGAAGUAAGUGGAGCUAUACUCAUUUAAGCAUUGCGCAGCCGGAGAGACGUUGCCAACUGUUAAAGGGAAAGCAAUGCUUUGCUUGAAGCAACAAACAGCUCCCGGCUUUGGAGCGUUUGGAGCGGUUCUCACUGUUUUAUUCCACUGAAGUUACUACUUUGCUAAGCUAGCUGCAACAGUAGAUCGAGUGCUAAGCAGCA